CCUGCUUCCAUGCGCUCCAUGUUGUGAGAUACAGUGUAAGCGGUAAACGGAAAGUAACUUAACCUUGUAGACUUACUCAGCUCGAAGUCUGCAGUGUGAAGGAAGCAUCAGCAACGUACAUUUAAUAUCCGAUUGGGAAAACUAAUGGCUUCUCAAGAUAUUGCUCAGCUUACAGAGGCGCUGGCUAAGACUCAUGUUGGGGAAGAGUUAAGCUACAGAGGUCAAGGACUGAAGCUGGAUGAUAAGCAGUCAGUGGAAGGGAUAGCUAGAGAGAUAGAACAGUGCAAGUAUCUGAAGGCAUUGAGACUGGAAGGAAAUACUAUUGGGGUGGAAGCAGCACGGGUCAUUGCAAAGGCUCUUGAGUCCAAAAAGGAACUGCAGCGAUGUCACUGGAGUGACAUGUUUACAGGUCGCCUUCGCUCUGAAAUUCCUCCUGCCUUGAAAUCACUGGGCAAUGCACUGAUGACUUCAGGGACCAGGCUUACUGAACUGGACUUAAGUGACAAUGCUUUUGGUCCAGAUGGAAUAAAGGGCAUUGAGGUCCUCCUGAAGAGCCCUGCGUGCCAUACUUUACAGGAACUCAGGCUCAAUAACUGUGGCAUGGGCAUUGGAGGGGGAAUAAUCUUGGCCUCUGCAUUAGCUGAAUGCUACAAGCAGUCAAGUGUUGCUGGGUCCCCUCUGAAGCUGAAAGUCUUCAUAGCUGGACGUAAUCGUCUGGAGAAUGAUGGUGCCAUUGCUCUUGCCCAUUCUUUUCAGAUGAUUGGUAGUCUUGAGGAGGUUCACAUGCCACAGAAUGGGAUCAACCAUCCUGGAAUCACAGCUUUGGCCACUGCAAUGCAGCACAGUCUCAACCUCCGUGUACUCAACCUCAAUGACAAUACCUUUACCAAGAGAGGAGCGGUAGCCAUGGCCCAGGCUCUCAGGCACCUGCGCAAUGUUCAGGUGAUUAAUUUUGGAGAUUGUCUGGUACGUUCUGAAGGUGCUAUUGCUAUAGCAGCAGCCUUAAGAGAAGGACUGCCAAUUCUCAAGGAGCUCAAUCUGUCUUUUGGGGAGAUUUCAGAAGCUGCAGCUUUGGUAGUUGCUACAGCAGUACGGGACAAAGCUGAUCUACAGAAACUGGACCUCAAUGGAAACUGCCUGGGAGAGGAUGGCUGUGAAGCUCUUAAAGAGUUCUGGGAAAGUGUGAACAGGGCAGAUGUUCUUGGCUCGCUUAGUGAUGAUGAAGGGGAGCUAGAUGAGGAAGAAGAGGACGAUGAGGAUACAGAAGAAGAUGAUGAAGAGCAGAACUGUGUAAAUGGGACAAAGGAAAAUAUUGAUGGAAGUCCAGCGAAGGUGACUCUCUGCAGUCCAGGUCUUUUAUCCUUCCUACAUUCACCAACAUCAGAGAAAUUGCUUAACCUUGGAGCCAAGAGGACACAGUUAAUUGAGCAGCAGCUUGAUUUUUCAGAUGCCACUAAAAUGGCAGAGGUUUUUCUUCAGAUCACCUCAGUGUAUAAGGAGGAGGCAGAAGUGAAGCAAGUCGUUUUCGAAACUGUUGAUACUCUUUUAAGGAAGGCAUUUUCCAGUCCUCACUUUCAGUCUUAUAUUUUUGUCUCUUCGCUGAUGGUGAACCUGGGGCUUUUAAAGGGUGAGGAAAAGAUGAAGAAAGUGUGUGUCUUGCCUGGUCAUCUUAUUGUCCUGGAGCACUGUGUUGGGCAGGACUACUUUCCUGUGGACCUGGCUGAUGUUCUGGAGAUCUUUUUGACCCGAAAUGGCAAAGUCUUAGAGUCUUGUUCCAGUGCUAGAGAUGCCCUUAAAACUGCACUGGAGAAAAGGAUCACUGCUUAGUUCCCUGCAUUGUAUGCAGCCAUUGAACACAUCAUAUGGGUCAAAUACACAGGCCAAGUACUUAACCUGAAAUGUUAUUGAAAAAAAAUAUUUUAUAUAUAUAUAUAUAUAUAUAUAUG